AACUUGUCCUCUGCCUAGUAGCUAGCACCAAUCAAGGAUGGCGCUUGCUCCCCGGUCGUCUCUGCGCUCCCUGUUGCUGCUCAUGUCCCACGGGAAGCCACAGCUGAGCUCUUUCUCCUCCUCCUCCGUCGCCCGCACGGGCGUUCCGCCGGUCGCCCCGGGAGCUGAUACCCCUCCGGCUGCUCCGGCCGUCCAGCCCCCAGUCACCACAGCUCGGUCAGAUCGUUCAUGCCCGAAGCUCCCUGGGGGUCCACGUACAUAUGAGGAAGAGACCGUUCUUCAGCCACUUCAUGGAGUAACUGACAAGGCUUGUCUGAACGCCCCUCAAGAUCCUAGCGCAUACCCAACUCCUGAUCAUGGGUCAUGUCGCACACCUGAACCUGUACCCGUCGAGCCUCCCAGUGCCAUCCCCGAAUCUCCUAUGCAUCCCGAAGUUCCUAUACACAAAGUUCGUGAUCCACCACCUAGGACGCGUCGCGGCGCUGUAACCAAUGGUUCACGUGGCACACCUGAAACUGUACCUGUCAAGCCUCCCCGGGACAUCUCUGAAGGUCCUGGACACGAAAUUCCUAGACACCCUAUUCAUGAUCCACCACCUAGGACGCAUCGCGGUGCUGUAACCAAUGGUUCCUGUGGCACACCUGAACCUGCACCUGUACAUGUACCUGUCAAGCCUCCCAGGGGGAUCUCCGAAGAUGUUAAACACAAAGUUGGUGAUCCACCACGUAGGCCUAAAGCUGUAACCGAGCAGCCUGCACAGUGCUCUCCGGCUGCUCCUGCCGUUUAGCCUCCGUUCACCCAGCUUUGCCAGAUCAUCCGAGCCAGAAGGUCCUUGUUCAGCAAUAGUUUGUUCUUCAUCCACUUCCUGGGGGGUCUAUCUUGUAGACUUAAUCUCGUUGCACACGUCAACUUCUACUUGGCUUAAUUUUCACAAGAAUAAGCUGUCCACGUAGCGUGAGGUUGUUCAUGUCUUGGCCAGUUUUUUUUUCCGUUAUGUCAUGUACUCCCUCCGUUCCGAAUUACUUGUCUUGAAUUUGUCUAGAUACUGAUGUAUCUAGACUCAUUUUAGUGCUAGAUACCUCCGUAUCUAGACAAAUCUAAGACAAGUAAUUCGGAACGGGGGAAGUACGUAGCUAUAUCACAUGCAUGGUUGAAGGCCGUGGUGACAGCGUCGUGGGAUGGCACGAUCAAACGUGGUCAUGACGACAUAGUUUGGGCAGAGGACCGAGUGGCGUUGGGAUGGCGACGUCGUAUAGCUCGCGCACUCGCCCGUUCACAAUAUAUGCUUUUAAUUGUAAUUGAAGAAUAAAUAUAAGAAGGAAAAAAACUAAAGAAA